AUGGGCGAUCGCGUGUGGGGUGCGGUGUUGCGGGUGGUGGCGGUGCAGGCGGCGUGGGCGCUGUGCUCGGGGCAGGUGCGGUACUCGGUGCCGGAGGAAGCCAAGGCCGGGACGGUGGUGGGCCGUGUGGCGCAGGACGUGGGUCUGGAGGCGGGCGAGGCGGAGGCGCGGCGGCUGCGGCUGGUGUCUGCGGGCCGGCGGGCGAGCGUGGAGGUGAGCGGGGCGAGCGGGGCGCUGGUGGUGAGCUCGCGGCUGGACCGGGAGGAGCUGUGCGGCAAGAGCGCGCCGUGCGCGCUGCGGCUGGAGGUGCUGGUGGAGCGGCCGCUGCGCGUCUUCCACGUGGAGCUGGAGGUCACCGACAUCAACGACAAUGCCCCCAUCUUCCCCGCCGCCCGAAAAAACCUCACCAUUGCGGAAUUCAACACGCUCCCGGGUUCUCGUUUCCCGCUGGAGGGCGCGUCUGAUGCGGAUAUCGGAGCAAACGCGCAGCUCUCGUACACACUGAGCCCCAGCGAACAUUUCUCUUUGGAUUUACAAAAAUCGAAUGAGCGAAACAUUGAACCUGAACUUGUAUUAAUGAAACCUCUGGAUCGGGAGUCGAUGCCGGUGCACCGGUUGUUGCUGACGGCGAGUGACGGCGGCCGGCCGUCUCUGACAGGGACGAUGGAACUGGUGAUCUCGGUGCUGGAUGUGAACGACAACGCGCCCCAGUUCAACCAGUCGGUGUAUAAAGUGCAGCUGCUGGAGAGCGCUGCAGUGGGGACAGUGGUGGUGCGGGUGAACGCCACGGAUGCGGACGAGGGAAGUAACAGUGAGGUGACCUACAGCGUGACGAACUUCUUUCCGCCGAGUGGAAAAGAUGUGAUUUCUGUUAAUGAGAAGACGGGGGAGAUUCACCUGACGGGCGCCCUUGACUUCGAAGAAGUCAGUAUGUUUGAUUUCCGUAUAGAAGCAAGAGACCAAGGUUGGCCGCCGCUGUCGGGUCACUGCAAGGUGUUGCUGGAGGUGCUGGACGUGAACGACAACGCGCCGGAGGUGCGGGUGACGUCGCUGUCGGUGCCGGUGGCCGAGGACGCGUCGCUGGGGACGGUGGUGGCCCUGCUGAGCGUGUGGGACCGGGACUCGGGGUCGAACGGUGACGUGCGGUGCUGGGUGUGGCCGUCGGGUCCGUUCGUUCUGGAGGCGACGUUGUCGGGGUCGUACUCGCUGGUGCUGCGGGAGGCGCUGGACCGGGAGCGGGUGUCGGAGUACGAGGUGGAGGUGCGUGCGGAGGACGGCGGUUCUCCGUCGCUGGGCGGCCGCGUGGGGCUGCGUGUGCCGGUGUCGGACGUGAACGACAACGCGCCGUCGUUCGCGCAGGCGGUGUACACGGUGCUGGCGCGGGAGAACAACUUGGCGGGCGCGGAGCUGGCGCGGCUGUGGGCGCGGGACCCGGACGAGGCGGGCAACGGGCGCGUGAGCUACUCGUUGUGGGAGGGCGCGUUGGGCGGGGGGUCGGGGUGGUGGGGGUCGGGGUGGGCGGGGGGUGUGUCGGCGUCGAGCUACGUGUCGGUGGAGGCGGAGAGCGGUGUGUUGCGGGCGCUGCAGCCGCUGGACUACGAGGAGGUGCAGGUGCUGCAGUUCGAGGUGCGUGCGGUGGACGCGGGGGAGCCGGCGCUGUGCGGCAACGCGACGGUGCAGCUGUUCGUGCUGGACGAGAACGACAACGCGCCGGCGCUGCUGCCGGCGGCGGGCGGCGGGGCGGAGGCCGGGUCCGGGUCGGGGGAGGCGGGGACGCUGUGGGCGUGGGCGGCGUGGGGUUCUCCGUCGGGUCAGGUGGUGGCGAAGAUCCGGGCGGUGGACGCGGACUCGGGCUACAACGCGUGGCUGCGCUACGAGCUGUGGGAGCCGCGGGGCAAGAGCGCCUUGUUCCGCGUGGGGCUGUACAGCGGCGAGGUGAGCACGGCGCGGGCGCUGGAGGAGGCGGACGGUCCGCGGCAGAGGCUGGUGAUCGUGGUGCGGGACCACGGCGAGCCGGCGCGCUCGGCCACGGCGACGCUGAGCGUGUCGCUGGUGGAGGGCGGCGAGGCGGCGCUGGCGGCGGCGGCGGGCUCGUCGUCGCUGCUGCCGCGCUCGUUGGCGGGCGGCGAGAGCGGCUCUGGGCCGGCGGCGUUGGCGUCGUCGGCGACGAACGUGUGGCUGGUGGUGGCGAUCUGCGGCGUGUCGAGCGUGUUCCUGCUGGCCGUGGUGCUGUACGGGGCGUCGCGCUGGGCGCCGCGGGCGGCCGUGCUGUCGGGGCCCGGGCCCACGACGCUGGUGUGCGCCAGCGAAGUGGGCAGCUGGUCGUACUCGCAGCGCCACAGCCGGAGCCUGUGCGUGGCGGACGGCGCGGCCAAGAGCGACCUGAUGGUUUUCAGCCCCAACUUCCCGCCACCGCCCGGCGCCGCGGCCAAGGACACGCAGCCGGAGCCUCCCUCUCUCCUCGACACGGUCAGUGACAAUCCCUCUGACUCCUUCCUUCCCCUGGGCACUCUCCUCUCUUCCGUCCCCUCUGAUCCGCCCCCUGGGCCGGUGCUGUUGGGAGUCUGGCCCCGCCUCCGCUACCUGAGGGCCGUGGGAGCUUAUGGAUAUUAUCGGGAGUUGUCUAUGUACCGCCCAGUCCUUUCGGGAGAACCCUGGCUCUUGGUGUGUGUGUCUGCUGAAAUAACGGUGUUAUGGUACCCUGGAGCUGAGAUUUUGCUGCAGUGGGCAGGAGUUGUGUCCUAGAAUGCACUGUCUGUUUUGAUGAGAGCUGCUCUGAGUUGUCAGCUUUGUCGGCAAUGCUGUUGUUUGCUGUUGUGUAGGGUUUCAAUGCGAGCUUGAUGAGAAAUACAAGACAGGGAAGCUGUGGUGGUGACAGUCCCCAAGUCACUCUCUAUUGUCCUAUUGCCUUUGUUGACAGUGUUGGGAUUAGGUCUGGAUUAUUAACAAAAAAUGUCCUUUUCCAUUCAUUCCCCUUGCAAGAGAUGUGAUGCAAAGUUACGUUUGAGACUUCAAAUUUUUGGCUCCCUGUGGAAAGAACAAUUGUGCAUUUAGUUUCUGUCAUCAGACUCAUUAAGAAAAUAGGAAAGGCAGUACAGACUUUUACUAUCAUCUUUUUCUCUAUAUUUUUUGCUCUACUUAUUACCCAUUCAAGGAGAGGAGUGUGACCCAAGGUAAGUGUUAGAAUUCACAGUUUUCUUGGUAUUGUCCUGCUCUGCGUUUCUGUUGUGAAUUUGCGUUCCUGGCCAGAGAAAUGGUAUGAAAUAUGGUAGCCUCUUUUGAUAUUCUAUCAAAAUGUGUAUGAAAAAAAAUCACAUAAUUUCAAGACUGCUGGAAAUAUUUUCUGAACACAAAAGAAGGAAACCCCAAACAAGGAAAACCCCAGACAAAUGUAAAGAAUCAAAAGCCAAACCAAAUUCUCCUGUGCUGCUGGUACCAUCUUUUACAGUGCUGUUCUCAUUAACAUUUUGAUUUCUCUCUUAGAUCAUGUCAUCAAUGCCAUUGCCAUUAGGGCUGUCACAACAUCACCUUUAGAAAGUAUUUCUCCCUGUUUUUCCAUGUUUGUAUCUGAGGUAGCUGAAGCAUUGCAAAACGUGAUGGGUCAGCAGCAGAGUCUGCUGGACACUGUGUCUGUGAUACAUGUGUAUGUUUUUCCAUGGUGCUCUCACACCAUGGAGGGGUUCACAAAUGCUGGAGUGAAAAGGAACUGUGGCAUGUUUAUGAAAGUGAGUGUAGCAGCGACAGAGCAGGGCCCAGACAUUUCCUGAUGUGACCUGGAGCAGUGGGAAGGUGUGUCAAAGGAAGGUGGGAAUCAUUGGGAAGGCCAUGGGCCAUGUCUUAAGGACAAGAGUGAGAGAUGAUCUUGUCUUGAGAACUCGUGUCCCAGAGUGGGGAAUAAAGGAUGCCUAAAGGAAACUGUGGGGCAGGAUGGACACAGGGUGUUCCUGCCCAGGUUACUUUCCAAGGCUCUAAGGGUGUGGAGUUGGAGGCCUUGUGGAUCUUGAGAUGUGGUAUUGAAAUGCCCACAGUGUCCUUUGAGGUUAUGAAGAUCUCCCACCACAGGAAGUAAUCUGUGCUGCUGCAUCAUUGCCAGAGGAAAUGUGUUGGUAAGAGGAAAUGUGAUGCAAAAUGCUGAAUGUUGCCUGAUGAACCAUUUCCCUCUUGUGUUGAGAAAGCUGUUGUGGGAGGGUCACACUUCAGCCUGCUGCCCUUGUGUAGUUGUGUGCAUCCAUAGCAGCUUCCUCAGCUGUUGAUUUUGCCAUGAUGGUUCCUUGUUCCUUGUCAAGUGAGAUUUAUAAGAGGAUGUGAUGAGGAAGGGGGUGUAAUCUGUGUGUGUGUGUGUGAUUUCCUGUACUUGUACACUUGGAGUCAUUCUCAGUAGAAAUGGUGUGUCCCCUGGUCAUGCUUAACCCUGAUCAGACUCACCAAACCCACCUGAGCAGCCCAGCUCUGGUAUUAUAUCAUAAUUGUCCCACACAGUUGAUAUUGUGGCUCUGCUUGUGCUUCAGCAUUUGGUGUGGUUCUCUCAAAGAAAAAAAAAAUCAUGUUAACCAGGAUGAGAGCUGUCGCUCUGACCACAGAAUCUUUAAGAUCUCUCAUGUGUAGCCCUGUGGUGUUUCCAUCUGAGAUUGCUGAAAAGGCACAGAACAUUUAGGGUGAAUUUCACACAGCCUGCCAGACAUUCUGUGCCUUUGCAUCCCUCUGUAGGUUCUUUGUGAGGAUUAUGAGGGAAGGUGGGGAUGUGGGAAGGCCUGGGUCGUGCUCAGAGUGGGUUUUAUUGCUGGGGGAUGCUGUUCUGGUGGGGCAGUUUGGGUGCUGUGGUUGUGAUCCUCUGAGUCUUGCUUGGGGCCUCUGUCAUGGGGAGGGUGACUUUGAGUGGGGAAGUUUCUUUAUUGAGGAGAUGGAGGUGCUGUGUAGGACAAGUACUGUGUCACUGGGGAGGAACAGGAGGAUGCUUAGCUGGAAACUCAUUUCCCAGAGCUUGGGAUACCUUCCAGUGGAAAACCUUGUGAGGACACCUGUCACUCAGGGUUGCUUGCUUGGGGUCCUCUCAGGACCUUCAGAAGCCCUGCAUAUCUGUAUUCCUUGGUGUUUUCUGUGCUUUUUCUGCCAGAUGUGGAGACAUCUGUCAUACAUGGUUUGGAUGACUUGCUUUCGGCAGUAUGGUGUUUGUCCAACAGAAGCUUUUCCAAAUAUCAGUGUCAUUUGGUCAGCAUUCUCUGAACCUCUUCUUGGUUAUGUAUCUGCUCUUGUCUUGAUAGGGAGUGGAAAAAGUUCUCUCCAUAAUCCAGAAGUUGUCAAAACAGGUUUUGGUUUGUUUUUUUUUUUUUUUUCUUUUUUUUUAUGGUGGAUCGGGACCCUUUGGUUUUCUUCUCCCCUUUUACCAAACACUUCCAUCUUUUUAAUUUUUUUUUUCUUCUUUUACAUUGGCAAUGAGUUGGUUACAGUGAAUGAAAUGCAGACUGCUGUGUUUUGUCAGCUGUCAGUUGGUGGAGCUCACAGCAGCUGACCAUCGGUUUGAGGAAUGGCUUUUGCAGCCUCCUGGGCUGAGAUUGAUGUUGGGAGAAUGUCCUUAGCUUUCCAGUGUCCCUCCUGCUUCCCCUGUGAUAAAAGUGCACAAGGGAGCACUGUGCUCUCUCCAGUGAUUUUGAAUGUGGGUCAUUUUUUCCUGUCCAUCUUCCACAGAAAUCUCUGAUAACAUUAAAAGCAAAUGUCCCUCAGAACCAGUUUCCCUCCCCUGAAUGUGUUUGUUUUCUGAAGAAGCCACCAGUGAUGUUACAGGUAAGUUACUCCUGCCUAAAAAAGAUGAGUGUGAGAGACAGCUGUACUUUUGUUCCUUUUUAGUCAUGGUAUCUUCAUCUUGGAUUGACCAAAUGUUUCUUGGAUUGGGAGCUGGACUUGAUGAUCCUUAUGAGUCCCUUCUAACUUGAGAUAUCCAAUGAUUCUGUAAAUGGACCAGCAAAGCACCACUACCUGCUCUCAUACCUUUUUUGCCCCGUGCUUCCAGGCACAGUGGGAGCAAGUGGCAGCAAUUGCAGAUGAAAGAGGGACACUAAUGUGUUUUUCUGAGUGAAUGUUUUGGGAAUCGAGGGUAUGUUCUCAGUGAAAAAGAUACCAUGUUACCUUCAUGGCUUUUGCGGGUGGAUCAUGUUACUGAGUGAGAGGUGUUCCAUGGGGACUAAUGCCCCUGGAUAGGGAGGUUGUUGCCCUGUGUAUCUGACAGAGGAGGAGGAAACUGAGGCCUGAAGAGUAGCUCUUUAUGGAGCUAUAUAAAGAGUACUUGUACGCUGUGGUUGCCCUGUUCUUUUUCAGCCUUCUUGAAGGAUUGGUGUCCCGGGCUGUGAUGGGUUUGAGUCCUCAAAGGAAAGACUCCUGCAGCUUGUUUGUGUUCCUGGGAGCCUAUUUGCAGGGAUGCCAAAGUACCUGGGGAUUUGGCCUGUGCUUCAGAGUGGUGGAUUGUCUUCCUUGAGAGGACGGGGCCCGAUGAAGAGUGUGGUUUCCUUGCAGAAGGGGAGGUGAAGGGGCAUUCUGUCUGUCUUGGACCGACUGAAGAUGAGAAGGAAGGUUGUUCCUUGUGGGGAGAGAGGGAAGGCGGCAGAGGAGAGGAACGAGAACCCUUUCCAAAGGGUAUGUCCAUGCUCCAUGGCGAGAGUGAUUGAAUCAUGUGGAAAACAUGUUGGUUAAGGAGAUAAAGCAGAGACAAGGAGGGAAGGAGAAGGGGAUGUAUGUAUGCAUAAAGACACAGAAAAGAAGACGAGAAUAAUAAGAAGUAAGGAAGAAAGAAUGCAGGGAAAGGGAAGUAAAGAAAUGAGCAAGCAAUAGAGAGAGGAACAAAUUCUAAACGAGUUUACUGGUACAUCACCGAUGCCAUCACAGUACAAAAAUCGGAGGAGGGCAAGAAAGAAGGGGAAAAAAAAGAAGGAAAGAGAGAAGGGAAAGAAAAACAGAAAUAAGAUGAUAUGAAGGAAUGCCACAAGUCGAUGAUUAAGAAUGGAAAACGACAAAUAGGAGAAAGAAAGAAAGAAACCGCAAAGGAGGUGAGCAGUACUCACUGACCUACCUCUGGUCACUGAGCAACGUUCAUUACCGAGAGCCUCUGCCUCCUUCAGAGCACCACGCUCCGGCGCAGAUGCCACGUAAUUAGAGCUGGAGCCUCCGACUCUCACGGUCUCCGCUGCGGCAACGGAAGCGACUGAUGAGCUGCCAGUGGCGGUAAGGAAGAGAAGGGAAAAAAGAAAAAGAACAUG